UGUCCAGCUCCUCUUUUGCUAACCAACAACUACCCCUCUCCUACGGCAACACAUAACCUCCACUUUCAGAAGCAUCUCGAUACCGAGGCUGCAGACCACUUCCCCUUUCACAACUUUAACGAUUAACGCACCCCUAGCAGCUCCCCGCUAUCGCUCGCCUUCUCGGAAUACAGCUUGUAUGACGCGAUUGCCCCGCUUUCAGGCACCAUCUAUAUAUAUAUGCUGUGGAUGAUUACUGUGCCGGAACCGCCUGCGCGCAUCGGACCGAGCGCAACAACAUCUUCCACAGUUAUAACAAGAUAACAACAGAUCAAAAGGCCGUAUUUCGACGACGAUAAUCAAGAAGAGCAAAGUAAGGGCGGAAAUACAAGAGAACAAGACCCCGCCGCAAGCAUCGACCGUCCAUCACCUCGACAAUGUCCUCCUCCCCACCACUCCAGACCUUCACCGAAAUCCCCAUCCUGCCCCUCUCGCAGGCCCUGGAUCCAGAAACGAAACCGCAAUUCCUGUCACAGCUCCGCGAUGCUCUGCUCAACGUCGGAUUCCUCUAUCUCAGCGAGACUGGGAUCCCCGACGCGCUGAUCGAGGAUGUGAUUCGCGAGUGCAAUGAGUUCUUCGAGGAGUUGCCGCUCGAGGAGAAGGAGAAGAUUGAGAUGAAGAAUCAGAAGAGCUUUUUGGGGUGGAGUAGGCUCGACAACGAAACCACCGCCCACAACCCGGACCACCGCGAACAACUCGACCUCUCGACGCCACACCCCCUCCCCGGGCCCGACGCACCUCUCUACCACAACCUCCUCGCCCCCAACCAGUGGCCCUCACCCACCCACCUCCCCAACUUCCGCCCCGUCUUUGAAGACUACAUGUCGCGCAUGUCAGGCAUCUCGACCCUCUUCACCUCUCUCAUCGCCGAAGCCAUCGGCCUGCCACCCACCGCCUUUGACAAAUUCUUCGACGAGGACCAGCAGCACAAACUCAAAAUCGUAAAGUACCCCGAAGUCGACGUCGAGGAUUUACCUGCAGGGGCUAGUGACGAGGAGAGGAAGAAGUGGGAGAUCAAGAGGCAAGGCGUCGGACCUCACAAGGAUAGCAUGUUGAGCAGCUAUCUCCUCCAGGCGAGUGAUCAACCGGGACUACAGGCGCAGAACGCACGCGGCGAGUGGGUCGAUUGUAAACCCAUCCCUGGGACCCUCGUGGUAGCCAUCGGCCAAGGCAUGGAAGCCCUCACCGACGGCGUAUGCGCGUCGACGACGCACCGCGUCCUCAGUCCACGACGGGGCGAAGGGCCUCGCUACUCGGUGCCGUUUUUCCAGGGCGUGAGUUACGAUGCCAAAUUUGAAGCCAUGGACGUGCCGGAGAGCGUGUUGAGGUUGAGGGACGAGGCGAGGAGCAAGAGGAGGGACGACGUCGAGUUUACGUUUGUGAAGGGCAGGUGGGGGCAUCUGGGCGAGGCGACGUUGAUGAAUAGGGUCAAGAGUCAUCCGGAUGUGGGGGAGAGAUGGUAUCCGGAGCUUCUUGCACAGAUCCGAGCGCAGCAGGCCGCAACGGCCAAAGCUGCCUGAUGUUGCAAAGAAGAAGGUUUUGAGUUGGAACAAUAAUGGAGGCGAGGAGCGACCGCAUCACGGGCAGCGUAGCUUGGCAAGGCGGAAUUCGUAUAGAGGCGCCUCGGAGGGGUGCCUCGUGCUGGUGAAGUAGGGGAACGAUAGGAUGAGGCUGUCCAUGAGUCUAUGCCUGCACUGUCUGAAGACAAAGAAUCAUACUCCGUGGCAGAGCGGAGAAUCCUCGCAGUCACUCCGCUCAACGCUUUUGGAGGAAGUAGGGAUAUCCUGUUCAUCAGCUUCACAAACAUGUCUUGG